GGGCCCAUGCGCAGGCGCGCGAGCACUACCAGGGGAUUCCCGCCUGAUCCCGCUAGGCGUCGGAAGGGUGGGAGGUCCUGGCUGGGCCGGGUUCCCCUGAAGGGGCGCGGCCUCCAGGACUCCUACCCGCCGACUGGGGAAGCUGGUUCCCGAGAAGUCGGUAGUACAGGGGAGGGCAGUCUCGACAGGUCGGGCCUCGGAGCGGCCGUCAAGUCCACCCCUGAGGAAGGCCCGGGCCCUCCCAGCCCGCAGCCCGUCGGCCUGUACCUCGCCCUCCGAACCCCAACAACACUACUCCAAAAACACACCAUUUGAUGCUGGAACAUGGGGCUUUUCAUCUGGACUCUGAGCCGCGGUGCCAACUUGAGCUCCUGGACCACCCCGGACCCAGAGCAGCGGGAAUAAGAGCAGCUGCUGGUGCUGGGAGGCAGCAGAGCUACCGCUCCGCUCAAGUGUCCCUGCCGCUUCCACAGCGCCAUCGCCUGACACCAACGCUGCCGCAGCUGCCACCGCCUGAGCUCAAAGCCACCUGCUGCCUGCUGCCAGAGAAGCAUCAUGGGCUUCUGGAAGUUCUCUCCUUUCCUGGUUCUCAGCGUCCUGGCCCUGUACCAGGUGGGCGUCCUCCAGGCAGCGCCAUCCAGGUCAGCUUUGGAGAGUCGUCCAGACCCUGUGCGCAAUGAGGAGGAAUUGCGACUCCUACUGGCUGCAGUGCUGAAGGACUAUGUGCAAAUGAAGGCCCUUGAGCUGCAGCAGGAGCAGGAGACUGAGGGCUCCAGAGUCACUGUCCAGAAGAGAUCCUGCAGCUCUGCCACCUGUGUGGCCCACUGGCUGGGAGGCUUGCUGAGCAGAGCUGGAAGUGUGGCAAACACCAACCUGCUGCCUACCAGCAUGGGCUUCAAAGUCUACAAUCGCCGCCACAGGGAGCUUAGGGCUUAAGCAGUAAAAGGACUCCACGAAGAAGGUCACCAUGAAGCAAACUCUAUUUCUUUUAAUUUAUAAUGAAUGCAACUCAUAGGAUAAGGAGCAUGGAACACAUACAUCUGCAUGCUUAAUAUUAAAAACACUCUUGUCUGAAAUAAACUAAAGCUAAAUAAAUAUAGAAUAAAAUCAU